CUUCGGAAUAAUGAUCCUAAACAAUUCUCGUCUUCGAAAAAUGGCUUGAACUAAUCGUCGCAAACCAUGGAUAUCCUGAAAAUUCUGUCCCGAGGGACAAAAAAAUCAGCUGCUCAACCGACUGUUCCGAAACCUAUUACGAAGCCGUCGAACCCUCAGCUUUAUAAUGAUCCUACUAGAGGAAUUAAGCGCAAGCGGAAUGAGGAACCUGUAUCGAAUCAAGAUGUCGACGAUGAUCUAGAAGAUAUCAAUUUCUUCGCGCCACGUGCAACGAAAAAGCCAAGCCCUGAACCCGAGACUCCGGAGACUUCGAAAGAGGAUACAUCAAAACCGCUGCUUGAUGAGGAAGAAGUGCGACAAAUCCUUCGAUCGCAUCGUUUGAAAUUCACACUCCUCUCCUCCCACGAGCGUAAAAAGUCGAAAGUGAAGAAGUCAAAAAAGAAGGAGGAGGAUAAACCUAAGGAAAAGGAUGGAAAGAAACAGCUCUUCCCGCAGCCAUUGACCUCGUUCUCUGAGCUUCGGUCUACUUACAAUAUCUCGACUAGACUGGGGGAUAAUCUUGCGAAACAAGGGUAUCGGAUACCCACUGAAGUUCAAUUGGGCAGCUUGCCAUUGUUGCUGCAGCCGGAUAGGGCGAUAUCGUCGUCUGCUGCAAAUGAACUGCAUUUCAAGACAAAACACGGCGUUCAUUUCUUGGCGGUUGCUCCCACUGGUAGCGGUAAAACGUUGGCUUUCCUGAUACCGGCUAUCAACAGCGUCCUUCGUAGGAGAGCCGGUGAUGCGGCGCAGAAGGAUCACGUCUUAGAAGUAAUCGUGGUUGCUCCGACGCGAGAGCUUGCGCACCAGAUCGUGAAUGAGGGGAGAAAGCUUGCGCAAGGCACGGGGGUCAAGAUUGUGGGGAUGAAGAAGGGCAUGCAGUUCCCGGCAGAGGGUCAACCGGAGGGCGAUUCCAAAGACGAAGAGGCCUCGGAAAGUGAUCAAGAAGCAGGUAGCUCUGAUGAUGAUGCAGGAGAUGAAAAACAAGAAGGCAAGCCUCAGAAAGCGACCACAAUAACUAAAACCGAUAUUUUGGUUACAACGCCCAUGUUACUGAGGAAUUUUCUAAAAUCGAGAAGAUUACCGACAGUCAAAUCUUUGGUCUUAGACGAGGCCGAUGUCCUCCUCGACCCCCUAUUCAGGGAACAAACUCUUGGAAUCUGGUCUGCCUGUACUAGCGACUCUCUGCGGGUGGCGUGUUGGUCUGCGACCAUGGGUUCUAAUGUUGAGGGAUUGAUAUUGGAACAGCUGAAAUCCCGAGCGUCUCACUCCAGCAUUCCUCUCAUUCGCCUUGUCGUCGGACUUAAAGAUACGGCGGUCCCAAGUAUCAAUCACAAACUCAUAUAUACGGCGACGGAACAGGGCAAGUUAUUUGCACUCCGCCAGCUUCUACAUCCCAGUUCUUCAGAUGACUCAAUGUCGAACAUGCGACUUCCUUUCCUAGUUUUUACACAGACAAUCGAGCGCGCCACAGCUUUACAUGAUGAGCUAAAGUUCGAUAUACCCGUUGAAGCUGGUGGCUCAUCCCGCAUCGCAGCUCUCCACUCAUCGCUUUCAGAUUCGGCUCGUUCUAAUAUUGUUGCUCGUUUCCGAGCCGGUGAGAUCUGGGUUCUAAUCACGACUGACCUUCUCAUGCGAGGAAUUGACUUCCGUGGAGUUAACGGCGUAAUCAACUAUGAUGUUCCAACAUCCGCGGCGGCAUACGUACACCGAGUAGGCCGAACCGGGCGGGCUGGUCAUGAAGGUGGUGUGGCCGUGACCUUCUAUACCACCGAGGAUGUCGCAUAUCUAAAGAGCAUAGCCAAUGUCAUUUCCCUAAGCGAGAAGCAAGCUGGGAAGACUAGUGAGGAAGGCAUUCCUAAGUGGCUGAUGGAUUCACUUCCGAAGGUUAACAAGGAAGAAAAGAAGAAACUUAAGAAGCGAGGUGUGGAGUCAAGGCGCGGAAACAAGGCUAAGAUUACAACCCAGAGUGCUUGGGAAAGGCGAAAGGAACAUAACAAACGCGGAGCUAUCGCUGGAAGCAAGAAAAGGAAGAUUCAGGGGGGCGUUAGUGAUACCCAGGUAAUAGAUGACGGUGAAUGGAGCGGCAUUGAUGAUUAAAUAUCCCAGCAGCUUAUAAAUUUCUGGUUAACUAUUUGAUGUUAUACUCAACUUCUGUUAGAGCUAGAAAGGCAGCUACAGCUUGUCUUAUUAUAUAAUCGCAAAAGAAAAACUUUGAUUGUAGCCUUUUUGUAACAAUAUGAAACAUGACGAUUCUAAG